AUGUCCCAAACACAAAGAGACGAAAUGAAAUUCGUCAUGUUGGGUUCCGGUGGUGUGGGUAAAUCCGCAGUUACUAUUCAAUUCAUCAAGAAGGAAUUUAAAUUUGGCUACGAUCCAACCAUUGAAGAUGCCUACACUGUUCAAAGAACUGUCGACAAUAAACCAGUUUCCAUUAGUUUAUUGGAUACUGCAGGUCAAGAAGAAUUUACUGCCAUGAGAGAUCAAUACAUGAGAGAAGGAGAUGGAUUCAUUCUUGUUUACAGCAUUACAGAUGCUUCAUCAUUUGAGGAAGUAAAGGAUAUCUAUGGACAAUUGUGUAGAAGUCGUGAUGUUGGUGAGGAAGGUAUUCCAGUAUGUAUUUUAGGAAACAAGAUUGACUUGGAGGAAGAAAGAGUUAUUUCUUAUAAGGAAGGUGAAGGUUUUGCCAAGCAAUUUGCCAAGUGUAAAUUCUUUGAAACCUCUGCUUAUAGAAAUAUCAAUAUUGAAAAUGCCUAUGAUGCAUUGGUAAGAACUGUCAGAAAGGAAAGAAAUGGUGAAUUUGAUGAAUUUGAGGAAGUUACUGAACCAGUUCCAGAAAAAACUACCAAGGAUGGUAAACGUAGUUCAAAGAAGGGUUUCGCCUUGUUCAAUUCAUGUGGUAAGCAAAAUGCUGAGAGUGAUUUGUCUGCCUUUGAAGAUGCCAAUAAGUAA